UAUAAAAAUGUAGUUCCAUUCUAUUGCGAACGAGGCACUUUGUCUAGAAGCCAUUAUUCGAGAGAGUGUGUUAAAUAAGAGCUCUUGCGAUGGCAUAUCUGUGUAAUGUGAAGAUGUCGUGUGUGGCAGUGGAUGUGAGCUCCAGUGCUGCUCUCCGGCCCUUUAAGAAGCAGUACCUCCGACUGGUUGCAGGGGGCGGAUGAUCUUUGUGUUGCUGUUCUUCUCUGUAGUUUGCAGCGGAGCAGCAGCGCAUUAGGGGCUUUGGCAGUGCUGGAUCGCCCGGGUUGCGGGACGCAACGUCCUGCUCCGACAUGGAAGAGGGAUCAUGGAGGUUUAUUGGGGAAAGUCGUGUGUGUGUUAGGACUCAUUCGUGCUGAUUUGCAGCGGGACGGCUGUGGAGGUAUGGCUUGAUCGUUUGAGGACACUUUCGCUCACGUACAGCCCUUCUGAUCGCUUUCAAUCAGCGAUUUUAAAAGGCGGCAGCUGCGUUCUGAAACAAUGUAACAUUCGCAUUAUGAUGUAAUGUUACAAUGAAGCACAUUCGCAGCGCUACGUCAUGAAACACUGUAACAAAUGCGACCGUCCGCUCAGUUCCAUUCUUUAUGCUUUUGAACCACGGAAGCUUCAUUAAACGAGUCGAAUGGAGGCAUUUUCGCUCGUUUUGUCGUUUAUUUAACGCUUAAAGCGAAGCAAAAACGAGCGAGAUUCAUAACCGAAUCCUUCUGUGUGCUGGAAGUGGCCAUGAGCGCAUUUGUAAAUAUUCCUGAACAUCUCACGACAUCAAUUCGACUCCCUAAGUGUCCCGCAUUGAAAUGUGGACUCUAGAAGUGACCCAUUAAUGGCAUGCACGAGGACACUGCUGCUGUCGUGUUCAGAAAAGCCGUCCAUACAUCAUUCAUUUGAAGGAGUCCGGGAAACAUGGCAGAGGAGUUAGAUAAGCCCUUAGAUGUGGACGUCGACAUAGACCCUGAUUUCGAGCCCCAAAAAAGGCCCAGGUCCUGCACCUGGCCUCUGCCCAGACCGGAGUCCAAUGCCGGGAAAGCAGAACCAGGAGAGGUGGGAAUCAUUCCUGAGGAAGAGGUGGAUGAAAAUGGCACUGAUGAUGCUUGUGCAUCUAGUGGCAUUACAGGCGCAUCAAAGCCUGUGAGUGUGACAGAAGGAAACCAGGCUGUUGCUGCUGCUGCUCCUGCCAUAGAAACCAGUGCUGCUGUCAGUGAUAAAGACUCCUACGGCUCUCCUCUAUCAUCCCAACAUGCCCUGCCUGCAUGCAACGACUCCAGCAUCAACGGUCCGAUUCCUCAGCCCAGAAAAUCCUCUGCCCGCAGGAACGCCUGGGGAAACUAUUCAUACGCGGACCUCAUCACUCAAGCCAUUGAGAGCUCACCCGAGAAACGACUGACAUUGGCCCAGAUUUAUGAUUGGAUGGUCCGGAAUGUGCCAUACUUCAAGGACAAAGGUGACAGCAACAGCUCUGCAGGAUGGAAGAACUCAAUACGACAUAACUUGUCACUCCACAGUCGCUUUGUCCGGGUCCAGAAUGAAGGAACAGGAAAGAGUUCGUGGUGGAUGGUCAACCCUGAUGGAGGAAAAGGGGGUAAAGCUCCACGGAGACGUGCUGUUUCAAUGGACAACAGUAAUAAGCUCAUCAAGAGUGCCCGUGGCCGUGCCGCAAAGAAGAAAGCCGCUCUUCAGGCCACUCAGGACGGAAGCUCCGAGAGUUCCUCCAGCCUGUCCAAAUGGACCGGCAGCCCGACCUCCCGCAGUAGCGACGAGCUCGAUGCUUGGACGGAUUUCCGUUCCCGCACUAAUUCUAAUGCCAGCACCCUAAGCGGACGCCUUUCCCCAAUUCUGGCCAACCUUGAGGUGGAUGAAGUUCCCGAUGACGACUCCCCCCUGUCGCCCAUGCUGUACUCGAGCCCUAGUAGUAUGUCUCCGUCCACUGGACUGACUGAACUACCCCGUCUAGCUGAUCUCGCAGGAACCAUGAACCUCAAUGAUGGCCUCUCUGACAACCUAAUGGACGACCUUCUAGAUAACAUCAGCCUGACGGCUUCCCAGUCUCCAGGCCAAGACGAGAGUGGGGCCAACCUACAGGGAAGCCCUGUGUUUACCUUCAGCUGCUCUGGGAGCAGUCUGGCAAUUCCCUCUGGCAGCUAUGGCACCAACUCCAUGUUUAGCCCUCCAUCCGUCACUGGCCUGAGGCAAUCUCCAAUGCAAACUAUCCAGGAAAACAAGCAGGCCACGUUUUCCUGCGGUUCCCUCUUUAGCGAUCAGAGUCUGCAGGACUUGCUCAGCUCCGAGUCCAACAGUCGCAGCGAUGUCCUUCUUACCCAAUCUGAUCCGCUUAUGUCGCAAGCCAGUGCCUCCCUUUCCUCCCAGAAUGCCCGUCGCAGUGCCCUGUUGCUGCGUAGUGACCCUAUGAUGUCCAACCAGGCUGGGCCUGUAGGACAAGUGGGGCUCAAGAAGGUGUCGCCAUCUGGAUGGCGGAUGAACUGUGUCUCUAGCAGUGAGUCAGACUACCAAAGCUUGAUGAAGCAACAUCUCCAACAGUCUCCCUUCAGAAGCACAUCUAUGCAGCUCAACUCCUCCGAUUCGUUGUUGUCAGGUCUCAAUGGCAGCGUGACCUCGGUGUCUCAGGACCAAUUCCCAUCUGACUUGGAUCUUGAGGUGUUAAGUGGCAGUUUCGAUUGUGACAUGGAUACCAUCACCCGCAACGAUCUGAUGGAUGCCGAGGGCCUGGAGUUCAGCUUCGAUUCGCAUCUCAUCUCCUCUCAGAAUGCUAACCUGACUUCAGGGAGCUUCUCCAGUACCAAACGAACCUCCUCCCAAAGCUGGGUGCCAGGUUGAUCCAGCCAGGCCCAGGAAUGUAGGGAAGGGGCAGAACACCGCAUUUGAGCCAACUGUCCACUGUAAAGCAACUGUACAUUAUGCUGUAGAAAAGCUAUUUGACAUCUAUUGGAAUGAGUUUGAGUCAACGUCAAUGAUUUACCCAGUCGUUGUUGUAGUUUUGUAGCUGUAUGUUUUGUAUCGUCAUGAUUGAGGCUGGUUUGAUGGACGUUGUGAGGAGUUUCAACAAAUUUAACCUUGAAGUGCUUGCAGGUUAAUCUAAACGCCAAUGGCUAGGUAUUGAACUCCGCUGCUGGAAUAUGGUAAGUGGAGUACUGUAGAGAGUAGGUUGUUUAUACGUAUAUGAAGGCUUGGCUUCCCUUAGUCCAUCUAGAAUACAAUAUCCGAAAGCAUUUGGUAGUGUGGAAAGAGUCCAAGUCGGUUUGAAAGCCAAGCAGAAAUCUUGAAUACUCAUUAGUAAAUUGGUCCCUACGACAAGUGGAGCACUGUGGAGAGAAGGUUGUCUAUAUAUAUAUAAAGGUUUGGGCAGCUGUUCAUCCUUUAGUCCACUUAGAAUAUAAAAUCCCCAGAACCCACCAUCGCGUUCAAGGGUGCCUACACACUAGAGAAAGCUCUCAUGAAAGCAAUUGGGAAUGUGGAAAGAGUCGCUCAGUCAGAAAACCAGCUGAGAAUUUUGAAUUCUUAUUGGUCAGCUGGUACCUAUAUGGAGGAUCAUAGAGAGAGGGUCACAACUGAACCUCCCUUGGUCAAUCUAGAAAACAAAACCCCUAAAACCCACCACUGCAUAUGAGGGUGCCUCACAGUAAGAAUCUCUUAUGAAAAUAUUUGGGAGGGUGGAAAGUGUUGGGUCAGUUUGAAAACCAAGCAAGAAUUUGAAUUCUCAUGAGUCAGCUGGUACUUCCAACAGAUUGCACUGCAGAGACAGUUAAAAUAUUGUCACUUUGGCAAACCCUUUGCGUUUUCUUCUACGUCGUUGUGAUACUUUAUCCGCAUUGAAAUCAAGUCAACUCUAGUCUGUAGGUGCCCUUAGGUCGUUGUAGUUUCUUGUAACUGUGAUUGAGAUGAAUAGAUUUCUAGUCCUCUAAACGAACACUUGCCUUUUGCCAAACUAGUCCUCAGGACAAUUGCAGAAAUGGCUUGUUUACAACACAAACUCUUGAGAAUGUUUCUGUUGUCCGAAAAAAAUGGCCAUGGAAAAUCCGUCUCUUUAUCCAACUUUUUAGUUUUUUUUUCCUGAAACUGAAAAAGGGAAGAGGUUGUGUUUUUGUGAAACCAGUGAACAUGAUGUAUCCUUGACUCCUUCUACAGAAAAGUGAACUAUAUGAUAUGAUGAUAAGCUAUGUAUUUAGUGUUCUGCUGUAUGAAACUAGUUUGUCAGUGUUUCCCAUGGAUUUCCUAACACAACCUGUGCAUUUAUCUUGCUCAGAAUUCUUGAACGCAAGUAUCUCCGUCACCUCUAAACCGUGUUCACUUCCGAAGUCAACCAUUUUAGAAUAGAGUGAGCUAUAUAUUUGUAUUUCUGUAUGUAUACACACACAUAGGACCUCAUUCAUGAAGUCACUGCUGUAUAAAUUGUUUGUAAAAUCAAUGGUUUUAUGAACAAUUUACACAUCUGUAAACAGUUCUUAAAUUGUUGCAUUCAAUGCCAUUUAGUGUUUGUGCAUUUACUGUACAUUGACAUGCAUGCAACCAUUUACCCAAGAAUGGGUUUACAAAAUUCUCUGCAAACCAUACAUUUCUGUUGUGCUUGUAUUUCAUGAAUGAGGCCCGUAGUGCUUAGGUGUAUAUGUGCUGUACACUGAAUAUAUAUGUGUGUGUCUAUACACAUAAAUAAUGGAUUCAUUCUAGAGAUAAGGUAUAUUAACAGUUAUACAUUUUGGAAUGCUGAUUAAGGACCACUAGAUGUUUGUGUAUUUGUAGCAGGAAAAAAUGAAGCUAAGAACAUUUGGUGCUAAGUGAAAUUGUGUUGGGUCAGUUCAUACGGCUGGCAUGUCACGUUCUUAGCAUUUAUGUGUAUAUAUCUACACAAUGGCUGGUGCUAUUAGAAAGCGUGUAUCAGUUGUGAUGGCCGUGUGUUUUAAGCAUCCUAAUGGUUUAAAAAUGAAAGGCAGCCACAUUGUAGUAUUACAGCCUGUACGGAUAAGCUAUGUAAGAAAGCACCUAUGUUGUACUGUAUUUCACUGUUGAUCUUGAACAUGUCAGACAACCAAAUUUAAGGCUGAGAAGAAAUAAUGCAACUAUUCCAUUUGAUGAUAUAGUAGUGCCAUUCAGGGACAACUUGCAGAUGUUUCAGUUACACCUAAUGUUGUUUUAACAUCACAGUCGAAUGUACCUUUUGUUAAGGUCAGCUUCACACCCAGAAUUUUCAUAAGCUUCUUAAGCACUGAUUUUUAUAAUCUGCUUUUUAUAAUCAACUGGAGUCACAGAAUUUAAGAUGACUAUAAAAAGUUGAUUGUGCUGUGUUUACCUUUGUUUACUUGGUUUCAUAUUGUGUAAUCCAUUUUCAGCAUCAUAAUUUGCUUCCUUUAAUUGCUUUUAAUUCAGAUUUUUUCAUUUUGUUUGGGUAGAAUCAUUGUUCUUCUCAAACCAACUGCUACGAUCUUCAUUCAUUUUUUAAGUUUAAUCUUAAAGAGGGAAUUAACACGAAUUGUGACGUACUCUGGGUGUGUACCACCAUACACCACAAUUGGCCGUUAGUUAUCAUCCACUCAAUGUUUGCUUGACUUUACCUGUGUAUUUCAAUUUUGGAUAAUGUAAACAAGGUAGUGCAAGGUAAGGUGCAUGUAAAUAAAGCUUGUUCAACACAAAGCGUUUCUGUAGUCUUUAUUUUAAUUUGUUGUAAAAUAAGCAAGUGAUUUAAAGGAAUAGUUCACCAAAUUUUCUUUUAAGUUGUUUCUUCAUUGGAACAGAUUUGGAGAAAUUUAGCAUUACAUCAUUUGCUCACCAGUGGAUCCUCUGCAGUGAA